ACAUUCGCCUCAUUUUGGCUAAGCCGAUCAAACUUUUGUAUUUUGUCAAUCAGUCUCAAUUGUGUUGUUGUAGCCUGCGUCGCGUUCGCGUCGUCUCGUCUUCGUUGAAAAAUAUAAAACGUUAACGUUGCGCAAUAUUAUAUUUUUUGUUUUUUAUUUUGUUUAAAUUUUUUGUCGCAUGUCGGUCAUGUUGUGAUACUUAAAAUAUUUAAAUUCCAAAAAAACAAAAACUUCUCGUCUCGUCUAUAAAAAUGUGUUCGUAGUUUUGCAAGUUAGCAAAAUAUUUUGGAAAAUAUACAAAAAAAUUCCAUAAUUUAUAAUCAAUCUUUUGGAUACAAAUAAAUAAUUUAUCAAAAAUAUAAAAAUAAAAUACUAGUGAUAGCCCUUAGAAACUUUAUCACUAAAACGGAAUCUCAAAUACUUACUAUAACAAAAUGGAAACGGAUAACGUAGUCAUAAGAUUAGUUCCAGAAAAAAAAGGUCUUAUUCUCAAGCAUUCCGAAUAUGAGAUAAGUACCCGUAAAUAUAAAACCACAGUUGUUCGGCGGUACAAUGAUUUUGUCACCCUGCACAGUUUGUUGGUUUCACGUUUUCCUUAUCGAAUGCUACCACGCUUGCCUCCCAAACAAUUGAUGCUUGAUUCAUUUCUUGAAGAACGCCGACGGGGUCUUCAGCGAUAUCUACAAAUAGUGUGUCAGCAUCCAGUACUUAGUUCUGGGCCGAUGCUUGAGACAUUCCUCACAGAUAAGUCGAAUGAACAUAUUGAACAUCUGCGAUCGGUGUUUUCAAAGGAACUCGAUGAAUACUCGGCGCUCAGUGAAAAUGAGGAUCUACCUCUGGAGGAUCAAGGAAGACUUGCGGCUAGCAGAGAGAAUAUGCGAAUAAUGCUUAAUUCUGUGAUACGACUUAAACGUCUGCUCGAGCAACAUUCCCAGCGAUUACAAAAUCAAGCUGUUGAUUUUAGUGAAAUGUCAAAUAUUUUAAAAAAUAUAGAUUCCUCAAAUUGUUUUAAAAAUCAAUCUUUUGCCUCUUUACAAACGAGUCUCAAUUCAACGGUUACAACAACAACAAAAAGUUCAGCAACUCUAAGCUAUGCGAUAACUGAAAAAAUCAAUUUACUGCUGGAUAUCUUAACUGCACAUAGUGACCUUUGUGAUCGAGUUGAAAGAGGAAUAGUUUCUGACCAUCAAAAAGCACUUUCGAAAAUGCUUACAAUAAAUAAACAAAAAAUUAAAGGUGUGAUACGCGGUAGUGCGCCUGAAGAUGUUCAAGCCCUCCAUCAACAAGAAGUUGCUCAAAAUGGUGUCAUUGGAACGUUGGGACGAAAAAGUGCAUUUAGUUUGAGAUGUGUUCUGCAAGAAACAUCACUUGCUAAUAAAUAUCUUCAGAUAUUACCUUCAGUACUUUUAUCAUUUUCAUAUGAACAACAGGUAUUGAAUGCUGAAACAGCAAAAGCCUGGGAAACUGUGAUGACAAAUGAGUGCAAUCAAUUAAAUCAAUAAUAAACAAAUCAAAUUUAAAUAAAGUAUAAAGUUCAUUGUAAAUGAGUUUAUUUUGUUUUAACAUCGAAAUACAUGUAUAAUAUCUACUUAUGUAUAUUUUAUAAUAGUUUUUAUUUUUUUAUACAUGCAUUUCUAUUUUUAUAAAUAAAUAAAUUGUUGAUGUUAAUCAUUAAA